AUGUGUAGCUUUUUCCAUGACAAGCACACUGAAGAGUAUUACAAUUACUGCAACGUCUAUCGUGAGAUUCAGUCUUCAUACACCAUGGCCGGCCAAAAGGAUAGCUUUUUUGCUUCGCGCUGGAACCGAGACUGUCGUCAUCUUGAAAUAAAGGGUGUCAAGUCCGGCUGGCUCAUGCAAGUCUGCAGCGUCCGUCCGUUUUGUCCCUUGCGCCGCACCCGUGGCCGUCGCUCGAACUCUGGACGGCACAUUCACUCUCUCCUCGGCAUCCAGGACCCGUGUACCCGAUUACACACUCUACCAGCGACUCUGCUUAUUGCAAAGUGGACAUGUUCAAGGGCGGUCGACUGCGGAUGCUUCCUUUUGUUCCCUGCUCUUUGUUCUGUCGUCUGCCGUGAACGCACCUCAUCGACGCUUGGGCGAGUGGCAAAGCAAAGCAAUGUGAAGCAAACAAUGGACAGUUGCAUUGCGCAUAACAUCGCUACGGAAAUGGAAGGUACACCUCUUUGUAUCAUGUGGUUCGGCGCAUGA